AUGGUUGAUAAUAAAGUCAUAGAUUAUACAUUUGAGUUUGUAGACACCUAUAUCCCUCAAUGGUUUGAAACAGGAACAAAAGGCCCGCUUUUCAUAUACGUGUCCGGGCCUCAAGGCUCAGGCAAGACCUUCACCAGUCAGAAACUAUAUGAACAUCUGGUUUCACAAUACGGAGAAGAGAAAAAUAUAGCUUUAGCAUCAAUUGAUGACUUUUACUUAACACACGAGGCCCAAAUUUCCUUGAAUUCUCAGUAUCCAAACAAUAAACUAUUGCAAGGCAGGGGUUUACCAGGCACACAUGAUAUGUCACUAUUGAAUAGCUGUUUACGUUCAAUUUUGCAAAGUGAGAGUAACGGUGAGGAUAAGGACACAGUAUUAUUGCCAAGAUAUGACAAAUCCAAGUUUAAUGGCGAAGGGGAUAGAAGUGAGGAAGUGGCUCGAGUAAAAUUACCUGUCGAUAUUUUUAUAUUGGAGGGUUGGUUUUUAGGUUUCAAUCCUAUUUUAGGCAACCUAGGGGAAGAAGUGGAGACUAUGGUGGAAGGAGAUAUGAUUGACGUCAAUGCUAAGCUGUUCAUGUAUGGCGAUCUUAUGUGGAAAAAUCCAGAAAUUCACUCACUGGGGAUUGUAUUUGAUACCGAUGACAUUAACAAUGUUUAUGAAUGGAGAUUAGAGCAAGAGCAUAGGAGCAUUGAACUGAAUGGGUCUGGUAUGACAAAUGAAAAGGUGAAAUUAUUUGUUGACAAGUACUUUCCUUGCUACCAAUUAUAUUAUGAGGCAUUGGUCCGCAGCGAAAAUUUGGGUUCAAUAGCCACGUUAACUUUGGGGAUCGAUCUCAACAGAAAUACAUAUUCUACCAAGACUAGAAGCAUAGAAUAA